AUGCCAAACCCCGGCCGGCCGGGUACACGCGCAAAAAACAAAAAUCAACAUCCUGGCGAUGUCGUCAAGGAGAAUUCGGUCAUACGUCGCACCAAAAAAGAGCUUGAAGCUGCCCGUAAACUCGACAGCGAGAAGAAGAAGGCAGCGGAGCUUGUGCGCACGGGUAAGAUUCGCAGCCUUGCUGAUGUUCAGUCGCGUCUGCGGCAACGCGAUGAUUUCGAGCAGAGCGGGCCACCAAGUGUUCUCCCUCCAAAGCUCAGGCGCCAGGUACCAAGUACAAGCUCUGCCUCAGCGAGUGCUGAAGCUCGUGGCCUGUCACACCUUGACAUACUAGAGCCUGGCGAGGCGGAUGGGGUGAGUAGCGAUGAUGAAGCUAUCGAGUACGACGCCAUGCAGUCGUACAGUGAGAGGCUCCCCGACAUCGCAGCAAUCCUCUCGGAAGCCCCCCAUGCUACUACUCCAGCUUCCAAGUCCCGUCGACCGCAGGUAGUACUGAAGAUGCCGUCGACAGAGCAUGCCGCGCCGAAGAAGUCUCGGAAGAAGGAGACGAGCAUGCGGCGUGGUGAUAUUGAAGCUGUCAGCAGCCGCGAAGACCCAGCACUGGCAGCUGCCAGUGAUACACGCAGUGUGAGCCCCGCGUUGCCAGAGUGGGCUACAGCCAUGAUGGCAACGCAAGUGACCGGCAAGCGAAAGGCCGGAAACGAGAUCAUUGUUGACGGAAGCCCCGCCACGGCACAGCCAAGUAAGAAGGCCAAGGCCUCUGGCAGUGGCUCACAGCCCGCUCUUCCUUUCGGAUUGCUUGCAUCAUGGAAGACGCCUCCGACUCGGACCCAACAAUCACCGAAGACACCGAGGAAUACGCAUGGGAAGGCGCCUACUCCCUCCAAGUCGAAGACGUCUCAGCCUGCAUCUGCGCCGAAGACAAAAACUGCUGCUCCAGUUGUGUCCCGACGCACUGCGCAGGGUAUGGUUGCCGUAACCUCAACGCCGACACCGGUCCAGGGCGCCGUUGGAGAGUCUGAUGAUGACGGGUCAGACAGUACUGGCCAUGGACCCGCUGUCCGUGCCACAAACGAAGCCCUCCCUGACGGCACACGGUCAAAAUACAAUGCAGUAUUCAUGCCGAGACUCCUCGAGCUUCUAGGACGUCUCGACAAUCCAUGGGAUCUCCAACGUAUCAAUCCUGCAGCUGAGAUGCAACGUCUUUGGGAGGAGCUAUUCCCGAACCAUCCGCUCGGUUAUGUCAUGCAACCGAAAACCCCGGUCUAUGUUUUAACCAUGCAGCGCGUGUACAAUUGGCGAUCGGACCUGGGCGAGGCUGCAAUCAAUGCGGUCAAGAAGUACUGGGAAGAUAAUCAGCUCUUCGGAACGGAUGAACGCACUGCGUGUGCAGCCUUCCAUAUCGGGGACAGUGAUCCUUACUUGUAUGGGCAUGUCAAGACCGUCAAGCGCGGGGAUAAGUUGGUCAUCGAGAAACACUACCAACGUUUUCAGCAUGCAAUCGUCAUGGAGACGCUGGCCGAGCACCUCUGGAUCAUCAGUAAGAUCCCAUCGCACGGCAAUCCAUGCGGCGCGUUGUUGCUCGCAUGUGCCGCGGCUGAACGAGCAUGGACGCUCGGAGUUCGUGGUGAAUUCCCAGUGAAGCAUCGCAAGAAGCAUAGCCGCCGUACGUCGGAACCGGCCAUGCCCAGCUUCUCAGAGAAGAACGCAGGCGCUCGCGCCAUGUUCUACGUGCGCUCCAUCAAGCGUUUGGACGCUAGCGCAUGGGACGCUAUCCUCGAGCGUUCGUGCGCGUUGAUUCGCGAGCGUUCUGCCAGCGGCCAGCGAAAUGCCCACGAUCUAGAUGAAGCCGAUGUUGACGACUCGGAUGCCAUGUACUCCGAUUCCGAGUCGGGCUCGGACACAGCGGAUCACCACCCUCAGACUGACCCCACGGCGUCCGAUGACGAGCAAAAUCAACCGCCGGCCGUUGAGAGCGAUUCCCUCUCGCAGCGCGAUGACGACGAUGCCAGCGACUGA